CUCCCGACCAUCCACGUACUCAGACACCGACUGAGAAAGGAAGGACGUCCACAGGACAAGCCAAGCCCACCAACCAAUACCCACACACAAACACCAUACGUACGUACGUACCACCCCGUCCAUGUGAGUGAGCCAUGUGAGCACACAGAGAGGGAAAGAGGCUAGGCAGGCAGGCAGGUAGGCAGCUAGGUAGCUAGAGACUAGGGAGGGAGGGAGGGAGGGAGGAGAGUGGCUGACACAGUCCAUCGGUCACGACGCCACAUAGUGAAAAGUCCCAUACUCUGACGUCAACAGCACCUCAUUGCGACCUGCACACACAGAGAGGGAGGGGCACAGUUCUGUCGCCUUGGGCGUGUUGGAUAUUACUGACUGGCCUUGUGGGUCUUGUGUGGCCUCUAUCUUGCCGACCACCUUGCAGUCCAGCUUGAACUCGCUGCAGCUGGACUGAACCGCACUCACCAGACUCUCAGGACCAUAUAUCUGUUCGUUCCAGCCAACGGACAGCCGAAAGGGAAGGAAGGACUGUCCGUGUGCGCCGUGCGUCAGCUCGUAUUGUGUGUGUGUACCUCCAUUCUGUGUCCCAUGUUGAAGACCUGGUACAUCUCUUCCCACGAGGCCUUCGAACACCUCUGGAUCUCCUGCAGGCAGGCAGGCACCAAUUUCAUUUCAAGACACACAUAAAUGAGACGCACACACGGCACGGACACACGUGUGCGUCUCCAGGAGCAGCGCACAGCAGGUCAUCUAUCUAUUCUACCCACCUUGAACAGUGGGGGGCAGGGGAACAGAUUGUCCUUGACGUACCGCAGACGCUAAUUGACGACACACACAGACAAAGAUAAAUCGACACCUGUCCCUGCAUGAGUGAAUGCAGCCUUUCCUUUCCCUGCACUCACUAUGUACCUUUCCGAACUUCAUGCACUUGGUCUGCCCGCCACCAGAGCAGUGAAUCACACCACGCACCUAUGGACACACACACAGAUAGAUGGACACACAAGCCACACGCGCCUCCCCUCCUCUCUGUCGCAUUCCCCCUCCCCCACCUGUUUCCUGUAUGUGUUGAGGAGUUUCUUGAUGACGGGUGCGUAGGUGCGUGUGGGUGAGAGUAUGGCCUGUCCGAUGGUGAGUGGCGUGCCCUCGAGGGGGUCGGUGAGUGAGUGGGGCCCCUGGUAGACCAGCUUGGUGUCGAUGUUGGGGUCCGACGUCUCGGGGAACUUGUCCAGGUAGUCCUUCCGCAGCAGCUCGUGACGCGCCAUCGUCAACCCAUUGCUCGCUAUGCCGCUGCAGCCACGGAUAUCAAUCACAUACAUGCACACAGAUGCACAUGACCACCAUGGCCACCAUGCCGCCCACGCUCUCAGUCACCUGUUGUAUGCGCUUUCAUAUGUGGUUUGUCCGGUGCUGGAGAGGCCGAUGAUGACGUCCCCCGGCUGCAUCUCCUCGUUGGUGAUGACCUCGUCGCGGCGCAUGCGGCACGUCACCGUGCUGUCUACAAUGAUCGUCCUAACCAAAUCCCCUACACACACGCAUAGACAGACGGACGGACAGACAUGCUGCUGCUGCUGCUGCGUGGAGGUGUGUAUGGCUUGACUCACUCACUCACCGACGUCGGCAGUCUCGCCUCCGGUGGUGAUGAGGGGCACUCCCAGGGAGGAAAAAUGGCGGGCGAUCUUCUCGUUCGAAUUAAUUAUCGUAGAGAUGACCUAAGGAGAUAGAUAGAUGGACACACCGAAAUGGAGAACAAGUAGACGAGGCGCGUCACUCUCUCUCUCCUAUGGCGCACCGCACCUCUCCCGGUAUGACUUUAGCGUUUCUGCCGAUGGUGUUGGAGAGGAGCAUGACGUCGCAGGCACCCACACAGAGGAGGUCGUCGGUGUUCAUGACGAUGGCGUCCUGUGAUAUGCCCUCAAACACCGACACGUCGCCAGUCUCCUUCCAAUACAUGUACGCUAUGGCUGACUUGGUCCCUGUGGGCAAACACGUAUGCACACACACACACAGACAUGUAUAUGACGAGUGAGUGAGUCGAUGGUGUGUGUGUGUGGCUGACCUGCCCCGUCUGCAUGCAUCACAAUGCAAUAGUCCUUGUCGCCACACAAGUGAUCCUCAACGACCUGUGCACACACACUUGUCGAUUCAUUCAUUGCGUGGCGUGCUGUGUGGCUGACCUUGCAGAAUGCGCUAGGGAAGAGGCCCUGGUCGACCUUUGCAAUAGCGUUGUGGACAUCCUCCUUCUGAUGCGACACGCCCCUGUCAGCGUACCGACUCAUCACGACGCACACCCGACGGUGCACCUCCUGUGUGACCCUGGAACGGGCGGACACUCGCAGAUCUGGGUAGACUGGGUCUUGUGUGUGGAGUGGGCGUCGCGCCACACGGCUGCCUUUCCCUUCCGCGGCGUGAGACG